CAAUAUAUGAAAUUUAAGUAUUGUGAGUGUAAUUAGGAGAAUCUUUAGUUGUCUGGUCUAAUAGAUCCUCUGGCAAGAGGACAAAUUGAUGGAAGCCUGUUUUUCCUAUUUGAUCUUUAGUUGUUUGCAUCUAUGUUUAAAGCCUUGAGCAAUUAAUAUAAAAAAAUUUAGUUGCUGUAGUCAUCAACUCCUUUUCUUUUAAUCCUAAAGUUUCUGUCUUACUUUUGAAAUUCAGAAGCAAAGACAUGUUCUUGUGCCGUCUCAACUUGGUUUCUUUUUAAACAAUUCUUGAAUUCCUGUGAUGACAGCAUAUGUACAACAUAGAAUAUUAAAAGGUGUGUCACCUUUUCCUUGUCGACUUGAUUUGCCAUUUUCCACCAUAAAUUUAUGAAAAUUGACAAAUCAAAAAUGUCUAUGAUAGUAGUAGCCCUCUUGUAAUUUUAGCUUUCAAGAGAUGGCAAUCUCACUUGAUAUAUUUUUGAUAAUCAUUUCACAAAUUCUCAUCUUUUCUGCUGCUUCUCAGUUUGUUAACAAUACUGCUGUUACUGACUUCACAUCAUCAUCGGACUCACCAUCAUCGUGUGAGGAGAUAGCAGCAGCCACUAAUCUAACGUCGGAGGAUGCUCCACUGAUUCCGAAUCAGCUGUUGCUGGUUCCAAUCACUUGUACUUCAAACGGGACGCACUAUUUUUCCAACGUUACCUACAAGAUAAAGAAGGAUGACAACUUAUACUCCGUUCAAGUGAAGGCUUUCCAGAAUCUAACCGACUAUCAUUUGGUUGAAAACACGAAUCGGGAGUUGAAUCCUACCAACUUGACGAUAGGGGAGGAAGUUGUGUUUCCUUUGUUCUGCAAGUGCCCCGGAGAGUCUUACAAAGGAAAGGGAAUUCAGUUCCUCACUGCUUAUGUAUGGCAGCCAGGCGACGAUGUAGAGACUGUGAGUGCUAUGUUUCAGACAGCAGCUUCAGAUAUUGAGACAGCAAACAACAACAGAAAUUUCACUGCUGCAGUCUGUCUUCCUGUACUGAUUCCAGAGAAGGCGCCGGUUCUUGUGCAACCUUUUCCCACUUCAGCUUCGCGUGAUAAAUCCAAACGCCAACGGAUUCUAAUAGCUAGUUCAAUUGCUUUGGCUUUGAUAGUUUUAACAGGUUUUGUAGCAUUCUUUUUUAUAUCACUCAAGAAAAAGAAGAUGUUGGAUCAAAAUAGUCCAUCUCUGCUAGAGACGUCGGAUCUUUUUGCAAUUAAUCAAGCCUCCAAAGACGAGAAGUUAGAAGCAAAGACGGGACAGGACAAGCUGCUCCCGGGAGUAUCAGGCUAUCUUGGCAAGCCGAUAGUGUAUGAUCUAAAUGUGAUUCUGAAGGCAACCAUGAACCUGAGUGAACGGUACAGAAUUGGAGGGUCGGUCUACAAGGCCACGAUAAACGACCAGGUUCUUGCUGUGAAGAAAACACGAGAUGCAACGGAGGAAGUUCAAAUACUACAGAGAGUGAAUCAUGCAAACUUGGUGAAGUUAAUGGGAGUCUCCUCUGAUAAUGCUGGUAACUUAUUCAUAGCCUAUGAGUACGUCGAGAAUGGAUCGUUGGACAACUGGCUCUCCUCGAAAGCUUCAGCUUCACUCAAAUCCCUUGUUUGGAGUCAAAGACUGGUUAUAGCUCUAGACGUUGCCAACGGUCUACACUACAUGCACGAGCAUACUCAACCGAGCAUCGUCCACAAGGAUGUCCGUACGAGCAACAUACUCCUCGAUUCCAACUUCAGAGCAAAGAUAUCCAAUCUAUCUUUAGCAAGGAGAGCUACUUCUCCCAUCAUGCUAAACAUUGAUGUGUUCUCUUUUGGAGUGGUGCUCCUGGAGCUGCUCUCGGGAAAGAAAGUCGUGGAAACGAAGGAUGAUGGCGAAGUCGUGAUGCUGUGGAAGGACGUGAAGGGAGUGUUGGAUGUUGAAGAUCAAAAGAAGGAGAGGCUGAGAAGAUGGAUGGAUCCGUACUUGGAAAGCUUCUACCCUAUUGAGAACGCACUAAGCUUGGCGACACUGGCUAGAGCUUGUACAUCGGAGAAUUCCAUGGAGAGACCGACAAUGGGGGAGGUCGUCUUCAAUCUUAGUGUCCUCACUCAGUCAUCUCCUCAAAUGAGUGAAACAUCUUGGGUUUCCAAGUUUGAAACAGAGGAGAUCUCCCCUGUUAUCACUCCAGUCGAAGCUCGAUGAAAGCUUUGGUUGUUGCUUCUUGGUCCUUUUUAUAGUUUAAUGUGAAUCAAGUUUGAUAUCUCUUCUUGUUUAUACAUACCAUUGCCAC